AUGCCUUCGCCGUGGGUGCCACUCGAGGCCAACCCAGCGCUAUUUGCCGCCUGGUGCACUAAGCUGGGCCUGGACACGAGUCAAUAUACGUUCCACGAUGUGUUUGGUCUGGAUGAUGAAUUACUAGCUAUGGUCCCUCAGCCUGCGGAGGCCGUGCUCCUUCUCUAUCCGAUUACGUCACGCAGCGAAGCACAGCGUGAGCAGGAAGAUAUGAAUCCACCGAUGCCAGUGGCCCAUAUGCUGUGGUUUCCUCAGACCAUCGGCAAUGCCUGUGGGACCAUUGGCCUCCUGCAUGCCAUUGCCAAUUCCCGGGCGUGGGACGCUGUCGGCGCAGACACGCCGCUGGCCAAACUGCUGACGCGUGCGCGCCAUGUGGCCCCCGAGGAGCGCUCGCGUCUUUUAGAAGCGAGCCAGGAGCUCUCUACCGCGCAUGCUGCUGUGGCAGAGCAAGGGCAGACAGAGGCGCCGGAUGCGCAGGACGAUGUGAAUUUGCACUUCGUGGCGUUGGUACGUAGUCCUACUGGCCAACUUGUCGAAUUGGACGGCCGACGUCGGGGGCCGUUGAUCCGUGCGAACGAUGUACCUGCUGAUGGCCUACUGCCCGCUGCUGCGCACUUCAUUCGUGCGCAUUACAUGGCGCAGGAUCCUGAGCAGGUGCAAUUCUCCAUCGUGGCGUUGGGUCCGUCGAUGUAG